AGCAGCUAAUUCCCAGAGCAGUGAGACGUUAUCCUAUCAUAUUACUACAGAGCUGAUAUUGAGAUUGUGGAGACACAGAACUUGACAGAAUGAGUGAGAUUCCAGAGAUCACCCUGAAAUCGCGCCUGCUACAGCUAAAAUGCCAUUUCACUUGGAGGCUUCUGGAAAAGAAUAUUGAUAUUGAUGAACUAAUAAAAAGACUGAACAACCAGUUGACAUUUUUGGCCACAAAAAACAAAUACAUGGUGUACAAUCUACUGGCCUACACAAUGCACCUUAAAGGCGACUACACAAAAUCUAUUGCCAAUCUAAAUGAAGCGGAAGCAUUAAUUAAAGAGAACAAUCCUGAUGGGACAGAGAAAAAGUAUCUGGUGACAUUUGGGGACUACGCCUGGGUUUACUACUACUUAAAGCGUUAUGAAGAUUCUCAAAACUACAUAGACAAGAUAAACCAAAUUAAUAAAGAAUUAAAACUUUCCCCAAAUGACAGUAAAGACAUAGCUGAGAUUUAUGGGGAACAAGGUUGGUCAUUGCUAAAAUGUGGUGGCAAAUAUUAUGAAAAAGCUAAAGAAUGUUUUGAGAAGGCUCUUGAGCUAGAGCCAGAUGAUCCUGAGUGGAAUUCUGGCUACGCAACAGCAGUUUAUCGAUUGGAAGGAUUCAAUGUCAGAAAAAGCACUGCUUCAGAAUGCAAAUCAUUAGAACUGUUGAAACGCGCUGUAGCACUAAAUCCAGAGGAUUCUGUGGUGAAGGCACUUCUUGCAUUGAAGCUACAAGAUCUAAACAGAGCUGAUGAGGGAAGAAAAUAUGUUGAAAAAGCUCGAGAACAAGCUCCAAACCUUCCAUAUGUACUUCGCUAUGUGGCAAAGUUUUACCGAAGAGCUGGGCUGGUGGAUGAAGCUCUACGUGUCCUAAAUGGUGCACUAGAUCAAAUACCUUCCUCUGGAUUUCUACAUCACCAAAUGGGACUAUGUUACAGGCAAAAGGUAAUUGAUAAAAAGAAGACAUUUGGAAAGAUGAUCCAAAGUAGACAAAGGAACACAGAAGACAAUGAUGAACUUAUCCAAAAUGCCAUAUUUCACUUUGAAAAAGCUCUGGAAUGCAAGAAAAGCUUUGUAUAUGCAUACCUUGACCUUGCUAAAAUGUACAUUCAAGCAAUGGAAUAUAGGAAAGCAGAAGAUACAUUUGAAAAGGUUUUGUCACUCCCCAAUCUUGUAGAUGAAGAGAAACAACAGAUCCACCUUUCAUAUGGAUGUUUUCAAGAAUAUAGCAAGAAAUCUGAAAGUGAAGCAAUAAAACAUUAUAAAAAAGGCUUCCAGAUAAUCGAUUCAAACUGUUUCAGAGAAAGCUGUGAGAAAGCGUUAAAAAGACUAGCAGAAAGGAAGAUUCGGAGUGACCAUAGAGAUCCUCUGGGGUUUGGUUUGCUUGGAUUUGUCUAUAAGAAUAAUGGGAAAACAUCAGAUGCAAUUGAGUGUUAUGAAAAAGCUUUGAAAUAUGAUCCUUACAACGAGGAAUAUCUGAGUGAUCUCUGUGAGCUGAAGUUGAUGAUAUAGAAAUAUGCUGAUAUACUAUAGAUUAUAAAAAAGAUUAUUAUGGGACUCAUUUAGCAUUAGGAACAUAGCCAGCUACAGGGUGUAAAUUCACAAAAGGAGAAACCAUGCUGCAAUUUAAGUUUGUACAUACAAUCUUUUUGCAUGCCUGGAAAAUACUGAUAGCAUGCAACACAUAAUUGCUGGAAAACUGUAAUGUACAGUACAAUACUAUUUAGAGCGGAGUUAGAAUACAACCACCACCCAACUGUGAAAUUUUUUACCGAUUUUAAUCUUAACUCCCAUUCUGUCUAGCAUUGUUUUGCCAUGGUGCAAAAUUGCACAUUCACACUUGGAUUUAUUCCUGACUCAAAAUUAGGUGCUAUAUGUAUAAAUUACAUUUAGAGCUGAUUUACAGUUAGGUGCAUAUGGUAUAAUUAGAAGUCCAGCACACCACGUUGUCCUGCACAGGGUAGAAGUACAUACAUUUGGGAACAGGACAUAUUGCACUUACCAACUUUAUCAUUUCAAACUGGUGAGAUAUCUUGGUGGGUGUAUGAUCACUGUAGAGGUCGAGGCUGGGUGUCUUGUGUGAGAUUCUCUGAGAAUUUCAUUAUUUCACUAAGUAGUGGGCAGGAUGUGGGUGAGUGACCUACUGUCCAAAAUUCCAGAAGCAUUCUGAGAGAGUAGGCAUGUAUGGGGCAAAUGCUGCAUCCUUUGUAUGCUGCACACACAUAUAUCAGUCUGCUUUAUGAUUGCGCUGAAUUUUAGAUUAGGGCUAAGGCACACUCCCUCUGACAACUAUAAGCAAGGUUAUGUAUUUUGUAUUUUAGAUUUCACAUUCUGCAACAUAGAAUAGUUGUGUUACCAGUGGGCGCCCGGCUCUCUCUCCACAGCGGAAGCCGGAGGCCGGAGCUCACUACUGAUCUCCGGCUUCCAGCUCUGUCAGUGUUUGCUAUGGGAGAGACGUCAUUACAUCUCUCCCAUAGUGUCGAGGAGCGGACGCCAGAGGACUGCUGCGGUCAGACUCGGGAGUGGGGCUUGGAGAGUAUGGUGGGUUUUUUUUUUAGCUAUGUGUGAGUUAUUAACGGUGCUUCUACUGGGGCAAACUGUAAGGGUGCAAACUACAAGGGGGCUAACUACAAGGGGGCUAACUACUAACUACAAGGGGGCAAGCUACGGGGGGAAAAC